CGAUAGAGAAGGGCGCGAGAUAGGAAUUCAGGAGCGCGGACAACCUGGGCGCUCUGCUCCAGCUGGUAGCAAGCUGAAGGCUAAUACAGCCAUUCAACACAACACCACCGGGCCUCCACCAUCCCCAGCCGCUGCCUCACAAAUAUAACAACUAAGCGGAAUAUAACGCAGCAGUGACAAAUAUUCAUGCACAUGACGUGCAACGGCAGCAGGGUAAUUUACCGUCUGACCGUAAACAACAGAAACCGAGGGAAAUGUCCUGGUGGGCGCGCGGUGAGGACGGAGAUGAGGCCAUGCAUCAAGACACCGAUUCUGAUGUAGCCGAUCAGAGAGAUGGUGGAAAAUCGAAGGUGAAAUGGACACAAGAGGAGGAUGACAUGCUCAAGGCCCUGGUUCAAAAACUGGGACCUACUGACUGGAAAUACAUCGCCAGCUAUAUACCAGGUCACAAUGAACACCAAUGUCAGCACCGUUGGUUUAAGGUCUUGGACCCAGAAUUGGUUAAAGGCCCUUGGACAAAAGAAGAGGAUGAGAAGGUCAUAGAGCUUGUAAAUCUUUAUGGGAACAAGCAGUGGGCUUUGGUCGCCAAGCAUUUGAAGGGUAGACUGGGAAAACAAUGUAGGGAGCGCUGGCACAACCACCUAAAUCCCAAUGUGAAGAAGUCAUCAUGGACAGGCGAGGAGGACCUCAUCAUCUACAAAGCUCACUGUCUGCUUGGAAACCGCUGGGCUGAGAUUGCAAAACUGCUCCCUGGAAGGACGGAUAAUGCAGUAAAGAAUCACUGGAAUUCCACCAUCAAACGAAAGUUAGAGAUGGGCUUCUAUGCUGGAGAAGUCUUUAGGCCCAAUGAGCUCGAAGAGCUGUUGGCCCGUGUUAAUAAAGAUGUGCAGAUGCCCAGUUGUUCACAAGAUGAUCCAGAUAAAGAUCCAGAGCAGAAAACACACCCUUCGGAAACUCCAGAAUCAGUCUCUGUUGAAGCAGGCCCCAGUGAAGCAGGACCAUCGAAGCCUGUGUCCUCUCCAAAGGAUAGUUUAAGCCCUAAGACUGAAGCAGACAGCUGCUCCAGCUGGGUGGUGGACAGUUCUGGGUUUCUCUCUCCUUCUGGUCCAGCCUUGAAAGAAGUGCUAGACAUGGUUGAUGGGGACCUCGAUGGCUGGUGCAACCUAGCAGCCUUUGAUCUGCCUGAAGACAGCCCAAGCCCAGAGCGCCACCAAUUUCGUUUGGAGGCCAGUGCAUUGCAGGAGUUGAGCAAAAGCAGCAAGGGGGAACUCAUCCCCAUCUCUCCUGGAGGUGUGACGCCACCUUCCACACAGAUCCGAAGGAGUAGGAGAUGCAACGCCUUUUCACCUGAUGCCAGUAACUCUAUGACUCCCAAGAGCACUCCAGUGAAAAUCUUGCCCUUUUCUCCAUCUCAAUUUCUCAACAUGUGGACCAAGCAGGACACCCAUGACCUGGAGAACCCAUCCCUUACAUCUACACCUGUCUGCAGCCAGAAAGCCAUUGUUACUACACCACUACAGCGUGACAAGACCCCCCACACACAGAAAGAAAACUCAGCAUUUGUGACUCCCAACCACAAGGCAGAGCUCUGUACAACCCCACGAACGCCAACACCGUUCAAAAAUGCCAUGGAGAAGUACGGUCCUCUUCAACCUCUGCCUCAGACUCCAAAUCUUGAAGAUGAUAUAAAUGAAGUUAUUCGAAGAGACACAGGAAUCAACGUGAUUCAUUUACGGUCCACUCCACCUGAGCAAAGACGUAAAUCCAUGCAUCGGCCUCCUAUGAAGAAAGUACGCAAAUCACUGGCUCUAGAUGUCGUAGAUUGCCAAGUGAGGCCCACAUCAAAACGCAAGUCGCACAAACAAGUCAUUAAGGAAGAGCCCAUGACAGUUUCUCUCAGCUCUUCAUCAUUUUGCAGUAAGCGACAUGAAAACAUUUUGGAUCAGGGCUUCCUCUUGGGGCCUAGUGACAGUGCCAUGUUUCCCAGCACAGUACCUCCAGUACCAAUGUCAAAAGAAUGGGAGAUGGUUGUUUGUGGACAAACUAAAGAUCAACUCAUCAUGACGGAGAAAGCAAGACACUACCUUCGCUCACUUAAAUCUCACGCUCCAAACCGGGCUCUGAUUCUGUCCUGAAACAUCUGUACCCCAAUGUGUUACACAUAGUAAAUCUUAUGUUGCUGUUGCCCCCUACUUUCUGCUGUUUUGCUUGAGAAUUCAUAGAAAUCAAUACACUGAUAUUGUACAUCUCUGUCAGAUGUUAGGGAGAUGAUUUUUAGAGUCCAUCCUGAUUCAGGCUCAGGUGCUCACAUCAUCUGUUUUAGAGUUGAUCCUACCCUCGUACCAUGUGCAUGACCUGAAAAGCAUGUUACUCACCUUCUGUUGUAUCAAUGUGACCUAAACAUGUUUAAAGAGAGCAAUGGUUGUAAAAUUUAAAACCUAGAUUAUGUAUGUUUGCUAUCACUGAAAGACAUUGUUUUACAUUGUGUUCUGUGUCUGUAAUAUACCAGUUUUUAAAGUUGUAAAGAGAACAAACACUCAGGUAUGGCCUCCAUAUUUAAUGUGUGGUUGUAUAAUUAGAAUAUAGAGUGAAUUCAUACAGGUUAAUCAGUAUUACUUUUAAAAUUAGGGCUCAGUGUUAAGAAAGUAGAGUGAAUAUGUUGCAUCUGUCUGAAUGUGUCCCAGUACGCGUACUGAAAAGGUUAAAACUUACAUAGUGAAAACCUGGUAUAAGCUGUAAAUGUUAAAGCACUGCAGCAUACAUUAAGGGUUGUAUAGUACUCAUUUACACAGAACAAAGUGAUGAAUAUAUUUUGCUUUGUUUUAUGCAAUAACUAGUUUGUUAAAAUGUUAAGGAGGCAUUGAAGCUUUGCCAGCGCUCAUGAAAGGGGUAUUUGUCAACGAUUGUAAAUAUUUGGUGUUGUAUGUUUUUUUCCUAAUCUACCAGCCAUUUGUUAAAAAAUAAAAUGUCUAAUUUGCA